AUGCGUACAUGCGUACAAGUGGAUAUACAAUACAGUAAGCGUAAUCAGCGUAAUAGUGUUUAACAUACCAUAAAAUUAUUAUUCGAAAAAGUACACUAACGAUCUAACGUGAGUAACGAGUAUUUAGAAAGUGGGAUUAUUGAUUAGGAAUAGAAGAAAUAGCUGGUAAAAGAGGCAGUCGAGGAAAGCCAGAUCUUUAAUGGUCGCGUGAUUGCGUGAACCAUCGUGAAGACACAAAGAAUCGCGGUUACGAAAUCAGUAAGGAUUAUAUUCGCGAGACUGAAUUACGAAUUGUGUCGACGACAGUUGAAAAACAUACAUAAUGCCUGCCGGAGUGUCAUACUUGCGAUUCGUAUCUUUUUGUUCAAUGGCGAUGCUUUCUAUGAUGGCUGGUGCACAAUGUGUACACGUUGUAUACAAACCACUCGACGAUCUAGACGAUCUUAUAGAACAGGCAGUGAAAGAAAGAUUAGCAGAAACGUAAUUGCACCGGAUACAGUAAUGAAACUGCAACGACAGGAAAGAUAAUAAAAAAUAUUCCCGCGUCGAGACGAUGACCAAUGAUUUUCAUUAAUCACUCAAUUGUCAUAACGACGUUUCACUGGCUCCAGAACUUUGCGACUGAAGCGGUAGACUGGUUU